GGGAAAGUUUUUUUUUGCGCGUGUAUCUUGUCUGAGGAAUCACGACACAGACACGCCAGCAGCGGUCCCAACUCGUCAAACUCUGCGACUGAAUUCAUUCCUUUUUUUAAAAAAAAAUUAUACACACACACACACACACACACACAGAGUCUGGCUCCUGGAUCUCUUCGCUGUACUUCAGAUCUUUUUGGGAGCUUUACUUUUUUUUAACGUGUGGAUUUUUGUUUUUGGUUAUAGCAGCACCUUUUGAUGAUAACGGUUCCAUAAGUUUUUUUUUUGGAGUGAAAGAAAAACCUUUUAUAUGUUAAGUUUUUUUUUUGUUUUGACAUAGUUAUUUCUUCCAGUUUGAAGCCUUUCGGUCAAGCACACGGAUCAGAUAACCAAAACAAAAUCUUCAGUACAAACAGAUCUUGCCAAGCCACACACUCCCUGUUGGCAAGAUGGCAUGUAGGGAACCUACUCCCGACCCUCUGCUACAUGGCGACACAUGAUUGUGGCCUGGUGAUGAGUCUCCUAGUCUUGCCUGCAUCAUGGAGAGGAGCCAGGAAUUUAAAAAACAGGGGUUGGAACUGCAUUGCUCCAACAGACCAAGAGCUGAACCAUGAUGAGAACAAAUAUUCUACAGUAAGGUGAAGAAAGCAGAGCGUCCCUAUUUUAAAAAAAAAGAUUCAGUUUUCUGAAGUAUGAACAGCUACCAUGGCUGCCCAAGCACAGACUACUGCCACUGAAAAGAAAGAGGGCAAAAGUUCCAUUAUUGAAGGGGAUGUCUUCACGGAAGCUAACAAGAAGUCAGCAGCUUCGGCAGCAUCACGAGAAGUCGAAAGCCCCUGGCCUGACUAUGUAAGAGAGCGCAGGAAUGCAAUCUCAAUGCGGCCACACGGGACAGGGCAGUCCUAUUGCAAGAUAACUGAAGAGCCGUGCAGCUCCAGUGAAGACUCUAGCUCUUCCUCAAAAAUCAAGAACUCUUUGGGCUCACUGCCACAUUUAGCCGAGCAGCAAACUCCCUACCGGGCAGUCUGUUUGUCAGUGGACCCCCGAAAUGGCUACAUGGACCAACGCUAUUCUUCGCACCAUAUUUUCCCAGCAUUCCACACGCCCAUACCGAUCGAUAUGCGGCAUCAUGAGGGAAGGUACCAUUACGAACCUCACUCCAUCCACGCUAUUCACGGACCUCCUGCCUUGACUGGAAGCCCUGUCUUCUCUGACAUCUCCCUCAUCAGGCUCUCUCCUCAUCGGAACCCAGCGGGCACAGGGGAGUCUCCUUUCAGCCCACCCCAUCCUUAUGUCAACCCCCACAUGGAACAUUACCUGAGGACCAUGCAUGGCAGCCCCACACUCUCCAUGAUCUCAGCUGCAAGAGGCCUAAGUCCAGCUGAUGUUCCUCAUGAGCACUUGAAGGACAGAGGUCUGUUUGGCCUGCCUCCUCCCCCACCAGGAGCUAAUCCAGCUGAGUACUACCAUCAAAUGACCCUAAUGGCCACUCAUCGAAGCCCGUAUGGUGACAUCCUCAUGCAGACUAGUGGAACAGGCGGCGCGACGCACAUCACAGAUUACAUCAACCCUGUGGACAUCUCAAGGUUCUCGAGCCCUCGUCCUGCUGCAAGAAUGAGCAGAAAGCGGGCCCUGUCCAUCUCCCCGCUGUCUGACGCCAGCAUUGACCUGCAGACUAUGAUCAGAACAUCCCCCAACUCUCUGGUGGCCUACAUCAACAACUCCCGAAGCAGCUCAGCGGCCAGUGGAUCAUACGGGCAUCUGUCAGCUGGUGCGAUCAGCCCAGCAUUUAGCUUUCCUCAUCCCAUCAACCCAGUAACUUUCCAGAUGCACCAGCAGAUACUGAACCAGCAACGCAGCCUGAACUCUGCAUUCGGCCACACCCCGCCCCUUAUACAACCAUCACCAACGUUCGCUCCACGACAGCACAUGUCCAGUACCUCUGCAGUUCUGCCACCUAGUCAGGCCAAUAAUGCCUCGUCUGAAGCUUCCCAGAGUAAGCUGAGUGGUGAGUCCGCUGUAAGCAGCACUGUCGAUCCAAUGAUCAACAAGCGCACCAAGGUUAAAACUGAGGUGGAGGGACCCCGGACUGUGUCUCCAGCAACCGAGGAUCGGUUGGCAGGGCUGACAGAGGUGAAGGAUGAUUUGGAUAAAGAUGAUUGCAAACAGGAGCCGGAGGUCAUUUACGAGACAGUGUGUCACUGGGAAGGGUGCAACAAAGAGUACGACACUCAGGAACAACUGGUGCAUCACAUUAACAACGAGCACAUCCACGGUGAGAAGAAGGAGUUUGUUUGCCGGUGGCGGGACUGUUCUCGGGAACAGAAGCCGUUCAAGGCGCAAUACAUGCUAGUGGUGCACAUGCGGCGACACACAGGAGAGAAACCACACAAGUGCACUUUUGAGGGCUGCAGCAAAGCUUACUCACGACUCGAGAACUUGAAGACUCACCUGAGGUCACACACUGGGGAGAAGCCAUAUGUUUGUGAACAUGAAGGCUGCAACAAAGCAUUCUCCAAUGCAUCAGAUCGAGCCAAACAUCAGAACAGGACUCAUUCCAAUGAGAAACCAUACGUUUGUAAAAUUCCUGGUUGUACCAAGAGGUAUACAGACCCAAGCUCCCUUAGGAAACACGUGAAGACGGUGCAUGGGCCAGAUGCACACGUGACGAAAAAGCAACGCAACGACACCCACCCCAGGCCUCCACCCCCCAAGGAGCCCGGUGAUCAUGAAGUGGCCAUCGGGCCUGGAAACAGAGUGGCUGAGGAAAAGGCCGAGGCAAAUAGCACCAGUGGGGGCCUAGAUGACUGCCUGCAAGUGAAAACCAUCAAAACUGAAAAUUCCAUGAUGUAUCAGUCCAGCCCUGGUGGCCAAUCUUCAUGCAGCAGUGAACCAUCGCCGCUUGGCAGCACCAACAACAAUGACAGUGGAGUAGAAAUGAACAUCAACAGUGGAGGUAGCCUGGGAGAUUUGACUGCCUUAGAUGAUUCCCCAAUUGUAGACUCCACUGUUUCAUCUGGAACUUCAGCAAUCAGCCUUCAGUUGAGAAAGAACAUGACAGCACCCCAAAGAUUUGAGCAACUAAAGAAAGAAAAAUUGAAGCAGGUUAGAGAUAUUCCUUCAUGGGCAAACCCAGUGCCACCAGUCAAGAACACCAAGCUGCCUCUCAUUCCUAUGAAUGGAGCUUCAUUGGAAAAUUCAAGUACUGGUGGUUCCACUGCUGUGUUGCCUAACCCUAGAAUAAUGGAACUGUCCAACAGUGAGAUCACAGUUUUGAAUCAACUGAAUGAGCGUCGUGACAGUGCCACGAGUACCAUCAGCUCAGCUUACACCGUCAGUCGAAGAUCAUCUGGCAUUUCCCCUUACUUUUCCAGCCGCCGUUCCAGUGAGGCUUCUCACAUUGGUGGCCGUCCAAAUAACAUCAGUUCUGCCGACUCUUAUGAUCCUAUCUCCACUGAUUUGUCACGGAGGUCCAGCGAGGUCAGUUACUGUGGUGGCCUGCUCAACCUCACACCAGCUGAGCAGUACAGGCUGAAGGCUAAAUACGCUGCAGCAACCGGUGGACCACCACCAACGCCCCUGCCAAACAUGGAACGAAUGAGCCUGAAGGCAAGAAUGUCUCUCCUAGGUGAAGGCCCCAAUUCCAUGUUCCCUCCCUUUCCUCCUCCUGCUGCUCAAAGGCGGUGCAGUGAUGGCAUUCCACGUGGGUAUGGCACAACGGCACUCAGGCCUCAUGAAGUAGUUGGCAAUACUACUAGGCGGGCAAGUGAUCCCGUAAGGAGAACAGCUGUGGAUCCUCUGUCACUUCCACGGGUUCAGCGCUUUAACAGCAUGAACAAUAUGAACCCACUGCCGUUACCACCAGCAAUGGACAGGCGGCACUUCAGCCUUCAAAACGCUGCUCGAUCGGAUGGAAGCCUCCAUAGGUGUGCCUAUUCGCCUAGGCCACCCAGCAUCAGUGAGAACAUUGUCAUGGAAACAGUGGCCAGUGAGAUUGAUGCUCAAGCUGUGGAGGAUGAUAUAAUGUUGCCCGAUGACGUGGUACAGUAUAUCAAUUCUCAGGAAAAUCGCUUUUCCCAAGAUAAUAAUUCAUUAAAUUUCACUGGCCAAAUGCAGGGUUUCCAGGAAAAUAUGAGCAUGCAGAGUCAAAACAUGUAUGCCCAACGUGGAAUGGCAAUGGUAGAUAGUAACAUGAAUCAGUCAAGUUCUAUGAUGACACAAUGCCAGAUGAGUCCAGGGAGUCAACCAUACCAGGGAUCAUCUAACAUGAACAAGAAUAGCAUGCCGGUUCAGUGGAAUGAAGUAAGCUCAGGUACAGUUGACGUCAUUCCUGAUCAAACAAAGCAGCAGUUCUCUCGGUCAAAUCUGGCAGUAGUUCAGCAAAAGCAGAUGUUUGACCAGUACCAGAACCUCAGCUCCGCUCAGCAGACUGUGACAAUGAGCCAGAAUGAAAUGGCUCUAGCACAGCAGGGUUUAAUGCAAAGAGGUGUCAAUGUGAAUGGGCAAAGGAUGAACUAUAUGCAGCAGCAGCAGCAGCAGCAACAGCAGCAGCCGCAGCCUCAGCAGAUGAGCAUGUGCCAGAAUGCUAAUCAACCUCUCAGCCCACACCAGACUUUUAAUCAAUCCAACCAAAUGCUUAGUCCCAAUGUUGCUAGCAGGACCCUAAGCCAAACGUCUUGCAGUAAUAUGUCAGCAAACAAUAUCAUGGGUUCGCCUGCGCCAACAGGUACACAAGACUUUAAGCAGAUGGCCAUGAUGCAAAGCAAAGAUGCAGCAAUCAAAAACUAUGCACAGGCCCAGCAGGUCCGUGCACAGAUUCAUCAGCAAAUGACUGCCACAAAUGAGGUGCCAAUGAUGAUGAACGGUUGCCGUGGGAGAGAUGCACCAGGACAAGGCAUGCAUAUUGCAAGCCAACAGAACUUUGGGUCUCACAUCCAAUCUGGUAGAAAUCCAGAUCGUAGCUCCUUUGCUGCUCACGGAAGUUUAAGCCAAACUAAUUCCCAAAUCAGUCCAAGCCAACACAACUUCAGCCAACCAGGGCAAAACGUAAUGAAUUCUGUUGGGCACAACUUAAGUCGUGGAAUGAUGCAGCCUCAUCCUCCCCAGGGUUCAAACCCAUUAGGAAGACAGCAUGCUCUGAUUAAUUCUUUAAACAUGCAACAACAAAGCUACUUGCAAAGCCCACUCCAGAUGAAUGGCAUGAGCCCUGGGCAAGGACAAUCCGAAAUAAGCCACAAUCAGCCUGGUAAUCAACUCUCGAUGCAGUCUCAACAGUGUAAUAAUAAUGAUGGUUCAAACAGCAACUUGAUGUUUUAUUCUGGUCAAAUCCAUAUGUAUGAACAAAAUGGCAACUUCAGUGGCCAAAUGGACUGUGCUAUCCAACAGCAACAGCGUAUGCAAGGUGUCAAAGCUACGCCAAUGGCCUCACCAGGCACCAACCAAGUAUCAAGUACUGUAAAUUCCCACAGUCUAGACCACGCACAGAUAGAUUUUGAUGCUAUCAUGGAUGAUGGUGACCAUUCUAGCUUGAUGUCAGGCACAUUAAGCCCCAGCAUUUUGCAGAACCUCUCCCAAAAUUCCUCACGUCUCACAACUCCCCGGAAUUCUCUGACGCUGCAGCCCAUUCCAGCCGGGCUGACUAAUAUGGCAAUAGGAGACAUGAGCUCUAUGUUGACUACCUUGGCUGAGGAAAAUAAAUUUCUUAAUAUGAUGUCUUAAAUGUUCAAGAACAGUAACGAGCAUUUCCAAUUUCAGAUUCCAGCAACUUAAAAGUGUAAUGCUUAAAAACAGAUUGUCUCAAAACAGUAACAUUCCUAAAGAAAGCAAUCUUUUUUUAUAGACUUUGUAUUUUACUGUAUAAAAAAGAAACCUUUAUUCUGCAGAGAGAGAAUCAGGACAUUUUACAAAGGCUUAUAUAUUUGUGAAUAGCGAUUUCUUGCUGUGUUUUGAAGAAAUAGCUGGUGGAUUGACAUGUUACAUCAAGAGGUGUGUUAUUUGAAAUGGGAAUCUUGUUUUUUUUUUGUUGCAAAGCACUGAUAUUGUAUAUUAGACCAAACAGGCAAGGGCGCAAACCAAACAUUGCCUAUUUCUUUCUUAUAAAUAGUAGAUGUGUGCUUUCUUGUAUUUCAUUAAUGUGAAUUCCCCAGUGUGUAGCAAUUAAUUCAUUGUCAUUGAAAAGUGUUUUAGUUUGGCUAACUGAAAGAAUGAAAGGUACAUUGACAGAUACCAUCAAAGCCAUAUUGUAUAGUGCUCCCUUUUCCGAGUUUAGCUCUUAAUUAUUCCGCAUCUGGUAAACUAUCUUUAGAAAACCUCACGACAAUACAGACUCAAUGGUUUGUGGACAUUGUUCAUUGUAAAUGAUAUGGCACCGAAAAGCUAGGAAUUCCCAUAUUAUAGCAUCAAGAAGUGCCUUACUAUGUCAUGUUAUUUUCAAAUAGUGAAGGCAUUUUUUCAGUUUAAGACAUUUUGGAAACCGUUUCCAGCAAUUUGCUUGUAAUAUGGCAGUGCUAUCGGUACUAUUCUAGUUAACAUACAGUGUUUUAAUGAAAAUAGUUUCAAUAUGUGUGAGAAUUAUUGUGAAAGCAUCUUUUCAAUAUAUAUGAGCUGAAAUGUGUUCUUUGUUGUGCGUUCUUAGUGCAUAAAGCAUCUCAUGUAAAGAAUUUUAAACAUUGGACAACCAUUCCAGUCUGUAAAUAUACAACAUGUUAAAACUGUGUUUUGAAUAAGAACGCCGAGCUGACUAUUUUUGAUCAACAUGUAGCCUGGACAUUUCCUGUAACCAACUCCUCUCAGCACACAGAAUAGAUCUAGCGAUCUAAAUGUAUAUACACUUUUUGUACAAUAACAAACUUUUCUUUAAUAAAAGCAACAUUGAAUGUA